AUGAUCUUGGAUACGGUCUUGCGAAUGGAGGCUUCCAUUGAAGAACUCAAGAGUUUGGCCGCUACGGCUUCCGGUUCUAAUAUUAUAUGCGGCAUCCAGGCCAAGUCUAUGUCCCCGACUGGGACAGUUACCUCGAUGUCUCAGGAGGCAUCCCAUCAUCCCGGCGGGUGCACAAUUAGAGACCCCACUGAAAGUGCUGUGCUUUCGUCAGGACAUCUUUCCUCAGCGGAGUCUCUUCUGAAGUGGCCAGUCUUUCUAGAUCAUCCUUCAAUAUUGGAGGAGACAGAGUCUUCGUUAUUGUUGCUCGAACAUCGACGAUCGUCCUUUCGAAGCAAACCCUAUGCCAUGGUUCCCAGCGUGGACUUGUCGGAAGUCAAAAGCAUCGUGAGCGUAUUCCAACAGACAUAUAACUUUUGGUUCCCUACUAUCAGCUUGGAUGAUCUGAAUUCAUUAGAAUUAAGGAUACACCAACAAAACCUCGACCCUAGUUGUCAGUCGUGUCUCGCUUUACUGGUCAUGUCGUUGGGUUGUGUCGGGGCCUCCGUGAUAGAUGAAGGAGGCUCCAAAUAUCCGUCUCGACAGCUGAAGCUGCAGGGAGAAUUAUGGUUCACUGCGGCAAUGAAGAUGCUUCAUUUGGCCCACAUUGAGAUUAGUGUGCAAGCUUGCCAAUGCCUUUUGCUGACUGCUCUCUACUUCUGCUAUUUGCAAAGGCCACUGCAAACAUGGUCUUAUGUGAACAGUGCACGGACUCGUUGUCGUUUCCUGCUCUCCUGCCCUUUUGACAACCCGGAGCGUGAUGAUCGAGAACACAUCACCAGAAUAUUCUGGUCCUGUUUUGUACUAGAAAGCAACUAUAUCUCGGAGUUGCCAACGCUUCCACAACACUGCAACGCUGAAAUCGAAUCAAUCCUUUCUCUUCCGGGCAAGUUUCAAUCCCAUGAGGCUAUUGAAGAGGAAGAAAGGUCGACCUUCUACUUUCUCGCAUCGAUCGCACUACGCCGCCUCCUCAACCGAGCGCACUACGUGCUCUAUGACCACAAAAAUGGCCUUCAAAUCGAUUCAAAUUAUUUUCCUUCUGUGAACCAAGAACUGGCAUGCCAAUUGCAGGACUGGUAUCAAACACUACCUCCAAGUCUGCAAUUUCCAGAAGAUGGAAAAUCUGCCGAUGACCCGCAUAGCGAGUACCUAAGGCAGUGGUAUCUCAGUUGUCGAAGUGUCAUCUAUCGACCGUAUCUGGAGUGGGCUCUCGCUAACCCAUCUUGGAAUCUCAACAACAACCUGCGUAUGCUUAAUGGUUGUCAGGUUGCCCUCGACACUUGCUUAUUCAAAUUGAGGUACCUGAAGCAGGUGCCAUAUACUGUCAUGGUAGACACCUGGCCAUGCUCGCUUUCAGACUUCUUCGUUAGAAUCGCGACGGCGAUGUUGACCCUAAUGGGCGGCUUCUGUCAUCCACAGCUGACAAUUCAGCUUCGUCGUAUCGCCUUGCUGGAGCUGGGCCCUCGCCUAGAGCAAUUUUUACAAGAAUGGAUGACAAUUCAUGAGUCCUGCAUUUCUCCUGGUAUUGAGAAGGCAUUGAGAUUAAUCAUGAAAGUUCACGAGUUCUUCGAAAGCGAAUGUGCAAAAACUAUCUCGUCCCAGGAGGACGAACAGCACUUCUCUACUUACGCCUUUCGAGUGUCUCAAGAAUAG